AUGAAUUGUACAGAGUCUUGUACCUCAGAAUAUCAAUAUUAUUCAGACUACGCUUCUCUAAUCACACAGCCUUGUUCUAAACUGGAAGUCAGGAACUUCACAAAAGUAUUUCUGCCAGUUACAUAUUCGUUGAUUUGUAUCAUUGGCCUAGUUGGUAACAUCUUCGUAGUGAUGACCUUUGCUUUGUAUGAAAGAACCAAGUCCAUGACAGAUGUGUACCUCCUCAACAUGGCCAUAGCAGACAUAUUGUUUGUUCUCACUCUUCCACUGUGGGCAGUGAAUUAUGCUGCUGAUGAAUGGAUUUUUGGUGAUUUUGUUUGCAAAAUCACCAGGGGUAUCUAUGCAAUCAACUUCAGCUGUGGCAUGCUGCUUCUGGCCUUUAUCAGUGUGGACCGGUACAUUGCUAUUGUACAGGCAACGAGGUCAUUUAAACUCAGGGCAAGAACACUCGCAUACAGUAAACUCAUUUGUUUGGCUGUGUGGGUAUCAUCAAUUUUAAUCUCCACUUCCUCUUUUCUAUACAGUGAAAGUUACAGCUUCUCCAAUGAAACAAAAAAGAUUUGUGAUCAGAAAUUUGGUAGAAUGUCUGAAAGUACAAUGUUGAAAUCACUACUGCUGUGUCUACAAGUUGGAUUUGGAUUUUUCAUACCUUUCAUAUUCAUGAUUUUUUGUUAUACAUUCAUAGUCAAAUCCUUACAACAAGCUCAGAAUUCCAAAAGAAACAAAGCAAUCCGUGUGAUUGUAUUAAUUGUAGCUGUUUUCCUACUUUGCCAGGUACCUUAUAAUAUUGUUCUUCUUCUGACAGCCAUAAAUAUGGGCAAAAUAGACAAAUCUUGUGAAAGUGACAAGAUAAUGGCCUAUGCAAAAUACACCACUGAAGCUGUAGCAUUUUUACACUGUUGCAUGAACCCUGUGCUUUAUGCAUUUAUUGGAGUGAAGUUCAGAAGUUAUUUUGUGAAGAUAAUGAAGGACUUAUGGUGCAGGAGGUACAAGAAAUACAAUAAACGUAGUUCAAGGACAAACUCUGAUAUUUAUCAUUCAAGACAGACUAGUGAAACUCUGACUGACAAUGGAUCUUCUUUUACUAUAUAA